GUCCAUCCGCUGCGGGGAGAAGGCGAGCGGGGCUGGCGGGGGCCGGAGCAGGGGCGGCGGCGCUCGGACUGUCCCAUCCGCCCCGUAUUGAGGCGCUGGGAGCGGCGGGGCGGCCAGAAAGCGAUGGUGAAAGCCGGGCCGUGAGGGGGGCGGAGCCGGCAGUCGGACCCGCAGUAGCGGCGGCACCGGCGCCGCCUCCCCGGAGCGCAGACCCAGGAAGCGGUCGGGAGGGCAGGAGCGAGCCGGGCCGCCGCCGCCAUGGAGCUCAGAGUCGGGAACAGGUACCGGCUGGGCCGGAAGAUCGGCAGCGGCUCCUUCGGAGACAUCUAUCUCGGUACGGACAUUGCUGCAGGAGAAGAAGUUGCCAUCAAGCUUGAAUGUGUCAAAACCAAACACCCUCAGCUCCACAUCGAGAGCAAGAUCUACAAAAUGAUGCAGGGGGGAGUGGGCAUCCCCACCAUCAGGUGGUGCGGGGCUGAGGGCGACUACAACGUCAUGGUGAUGGAGCUGCUGGGGCCCAGCCUCGAGGACCUCUUCAACUUCUGCUCGAGGAAGUUCAGCCUCAAAACCGUCCUGCUGCUUGCCGACCAGAUGAUUAGUCGUAUUGAGUACAUCCACUCCAAGAACUUCAUCCACCGGGACGUGAAGCCAGACAACUUCCUCAUGGGGCUCGGGAAGAAGGGCAACCUGGUCUACAUCAUCGACUUUGGGCUGGCCAAGAAGUACCGGGAUGCCCGCACCCACCAGCACAUCCCCUACCGCGAGAACAAGAACCUCACGGGGACCGCUCGCUAUGCCUCCAUCAACACGCACCUCGGAAUCGAACAGUCUCGAAGAGACGACUUGGAGUCUCUGGGCUAUGUGCUCAUGUACUUCAACCUGGGCUCUCUCCCCUGGCAGGGGCUGAAGGCCGCCACCAAGAGACAGAAAUAUGAAAGGAUUAGUGAGAAGAAAAUGUCCACCCCCAUUGAAGUGCUGUGUAAAGGCUACCCUUCUGAAUUUGCCACAUACCUGAAUUUCUGCCGUUCCUUGCGUUUUGAUGAUAAGCCCGACUACUCGUACCUGAGGCAGCUCUUCAGGAACCUCUUCCACCGCCAGGGCUUCUCCUACGACUACGUGUUUGACUGGAACAUGCUCAAAUUUGGUGCCAGCCGGGCAGCUGACGAUGCCGAACGGGAACGCCGGGACCGAGAGGAGCGGUUGAGGCACUCCCGCAAUCCAGCCCCCCGGGGCCUCCCUUCCACGGCCUCGGGCCGCCUGAGGGGGACGCAGGAGGCGGCCCCGCCCACACCGCUCACCCCCACUUCCCACACUGCGAACACCUCUCCCCGGCCCGUCUCCGGCAUGGAGAGAGAGCGGAAAGUGAGCAUGCGGCUGCACCGCGGCGCCCCUGUCAACAUCUCCUCGUCCGACCUAACCGGCCGACAAGAUACCUCUCGCAUGUCCACCUCACAGAAUAGCAUUCCUUUCGAACACCACGGCAAGUAGCUGCUCAUCUCCCGCUGGAAGGCAGCACUGGAUUCCCAGUCGGGUGGCUUCCAGUGGUCUGCAGCCUGUCGUGCACCGAUGAGAAAUCUCCUUUGUGCUGUGAAGGGGCAGACACUGCAUGGCUGAUCUACUUUUACCCACCAAGGCUUUCCCAGCCCCGCGCCCCGAGCCUAGAGCAAGUGCCCACAGCCGGAGCGCUCCUGGCACUCACCCCGCGGCGCCCGGGGGAAGCGACACACAAACUAAGCUGGACAGACUCCAAGCGCUGCCACUGCCGGGGCUGCCACCCGAGGCCCUGGCCUGAGACCCCACCGUCCUGGGCUGGGAAGAAAAGCAGAGUGUGAGAGAGACAAUUUGCAAAGAGAAUCAAACUUCCAUUCAAGAGUCUUUCCGUGUCCCUCCAGUGGCGGUAAACCUGUGCUCCCUGAGUGUUCUACUCUAUCAGUCUUUUACUCGGUUAAGACAGUUUUGUAUCAUUUUGCUAAAAAUUAUUGGCUUAAAUCUGUGUAAAGAAAUCUGUCUUUUUAUUGUUUCUUUCUUGUCUGUUUUUGCGGUCUGAGAAAAGAUGUUGACUUGAAGGAGUCCUGAAACGGCACUGUCUGGAGUUUCUGUGUAGAUGGAGCCACCCUGUGAGCCGCAGGGACCUGCUGCUUGUUUGGUUUCGUGUUAGUCUGUGGUCUGCUUUGCGGAGGGCCUUCCUGCUCGGAAGCCUGUGGCACGUCUGCAUACGUACGAAUAAUGUGUGCUCGCGCGCCUCCUCUGAGCCCUUCCACCUGGUUUUUGGCUGUCUCACUCCUCUUUCCCCACUUCAAACGGAAAUGCCUCUGUGACCCAAGAACGUCUUGAACGUCUUCCCACUUGUCAGCUGUUAGGAAGUGCAGGCUGCUGUGCAGAAGGUCCCGGGAGGCCCCAGGCAAGGCAGCGGAGGGCGAGGAGGAUGUCGAGCUUCAAGAGCCUGGAAGCCGAGGCCCUGAGACCCGCGUGGACAGUCGGGAGGUCCCGAACUGAAAGCUGCCGUAGCUCUGCUCUCCUCAGGAGAGGGACACUGACUGCAGGCUGUGCGGGCGGCACGGGUGGCUUGUGCUGAUUUUGGUGAUUGUUGCCUAAAUGUCUUUGCAUCUGGGGGAUUUCUAAACAGACUGUAAAAACCACCAGCACUGAUCGGUACUCGAUAACCGUGUUACCAUCUGUGCUCCAGAGGGGUGGUGCUGUCACCGGAGGCCACACUCUGCCCGGGAAGGCAGUCGGCCAAAGGGUUCCCUGCCUCACAAGUCCCCAGAGCAGAGGACAGGAGCGCAAGUCUGAAAUCUGACCCAGAGGGGUGUCACUGUACAAUGCCUGGGUGCCCCGGUGUCUCAUGGGCCCUCAGCUGAGCACACGGAACCGAGCGGAAACGCGGCCACGCGGGCAGAACCAGAGCCCCUGGAAAGGCAGAAGGCGAAGUGGCCCUAGGGGCAGAGGGGCUUGGGGCCAGCCCAGUUGCCACCCUGCUGGGGAGCAUUCUUGUUGGAAACUGGGGUGUGUUAGAAGCCAGGGACCCGGAAGAGCCCCCCUCUUUGUUGUCAUGUCGUCCCCCCCACCCCCCUUCAGGUUUCCUGUCCCUGAAAGGCUGGUCGUGGGACAGACAGUGGCUGCUUGCUUUCAAGGCUGGCAGCCUGUGUGAUCGAUCUGGGGCUCCUUCUGGGUCCUGACCUGGUUACUGUGAAGGUUUUUGGGGUGCGGAGGGAGGCUGCAUUCCCGGGAGUGCAGGGGAGGUUGGGCAGGUCCCUGGCCAGUUUGACAUCUUUGUUGCCUUCACCAGAGUUAAGUUUUCCCCUCUGGCCGGAUAUGACCAGCUGCAGCUGCUUUCUUGGUCCCCAUCUGCGGUCCCUGUGAACCCCACGGCAGACUUGGGGUGCUGCUGGUCACGUUUGAAGCGCGAGCUCAGCCGCGGGGACCGUGGCUGUGCUGUCUGUACCGCCGCAUGCUGGGGUCUGGGUCCGGGCCGUGCCCUUGUCACUGCUGUUUGUGUCCUUCACCAACGGUGUAAAUAAUAAAUCCACAGUGACUUCUGC